AUGGGCACGGAGGCAGCCUGCGUCCUGGAGUGUCGACGACGUGCGACUAUCGCGCUGUGCUCUUGCGUGCCGUUCAAUAUGCAACCGCAAGAGGGCGAGAAAGUGUGCUCGCCGGAACAUCUAUACUGUCUAAAUAAACACCGAGAGAAGCUGACGUACUACAACCCUGGCAGUGCGGCGGAUUCCACUUUGGAUAACGAGAAGUCAAAUGGCGUGAAAUGUUUGCAUUGCCGCCCAGACUGCAGACACGUUACCUUCUCCGCUGCACCAGCUCACGUCCCAUACGACUACGCGCCACUGAAAAAACUAUUUAGAAACAAACUUUUGGACGGCGUUACGUUUACCAACUCGACUGUUAUAAGAAUAUUCUACGCGUCUGAAGAUGAUCAGAUCGUGCACAUCCUGGAAACUAAUUUACGCCUCUACGAAGACAUAGCACUUCUGGGCAGUCAGUGGAUCCUGCUGUGUGGCGCCAGUCUGAUUUGUCUGAAUGAGCUGGUGUACUUCAGUACCAUCAGAUGGGCCUACCAUUACUUCAGGAGGCGUAGGAUCGAAGGCACUACAUUAAAUUUCACUUUUUCCUACUAA